GCCAUCACUAUCCAUCCUCUCUCCUCCCAUCCAUCGACAUGACGACGCUGGCCACCCCACGGCCAACAAGCAUGGUCGACCCCAUGCACGCCUACAGGGCGAAACGGGACAGGGAGCGAAGAACCGUCCUCAAGGCAUACAAGAUUCUCGGCUUCAUCUCUUCAGGGACGUAUGGACGAGUGUACAAGGCUGUUCUCCUCCCGCCCCCGAAAGCGACGGGCAAGAGUGCGCUCUCGGCGAGCUCGCGGUCUGCCCUCGGCGUUGGGGGGUCCAAGUCGCCCUCGGCCACACCAGGCCUGGCCGACGAACCGCUGAAUAAUCCCGAGCUGUGCAUGCGCCCUGGCGAUAUGCCAGCCAAAGAGGGGGACGUGUUUGCGAUCAAGAAGUUCAAGCCCGAUAAGGAGGGCGAUCAGCAGACGUAUGCUGGCAUCAGUCAGAGUGGAGCGCGUGAGAUCAUGUUGAAUCGCGAGCUGCGGCAUCGUAACCUGGUUGCGCUUCGCGAGGUGAUUCUCGAAGACAAGGCAAUCUACAUGGUCUUCGAGUAUGCGGAGCACGAUUUCUUGCAAAUUAUCCACCACCACUCGCAGACAUUGAGAACCCCCAUCCCAGCGCCAACUCUCCGCCGCCUGCUGCACCAACUGCUCUGUGGACUCCACUUCCUCCACUCGUCGUUUGUGCUCCACCGUGACUUGAAGCCGGCCAAUAUUCUUGUCACCUCGGACGGUGUGGUCAAGAUUGGUGACUUGGGUCUUGCACGUCUAUGGCAUAAGCCAUUGGCUCAGGGUGGUCUGUAUGGAGGCGACAAGGUCGUCGUGACCAUCUGGUACCGUGCUCCGGAGCUCAUCCUGGGCUCGAAACACUACACGGCUGCAGUUGACCUCUGGGCCGUGGGCUGCAUCUACGCCGAACUGUUAUCCCUCCGCCCCAUCUUCAAGGGCGAGGAGGCCAAGCUCGACAGCAAGAAGUCGCUACCAUUCCAGAGGGACCAGAUGGCCAAGAUCUGUGACGUCUUGGGCCCUGUCAAGCCGGAGCACUGGCCAGGAAUUCUCCACAUGCCAGAGCACAAGACGUAUCUGUCUCAAGGUCCAUACCCGACGGGCAACCCCCUGCCAACGUGGUACGGCAGCAGAUCGGGCAGCAGCAACGGGUACGACCUGCUGUCCAAGCUGUUCGAGUGGGACCCAGCCAAGCGGAUCACGGCGCGCGAGGCGCUUGUGCACCCGUGGUUCCAGGAGGACGGGGGGUGUGGCACAUCGAGCGUGUUCGAGGGCAGCACGAUCACGUACCCCCAGCGCCGGGUCACGCACGAGGACAAUGGCGACGCGAAGAUGGGAAGUCUGCCGCCUUCGCUCGCCGGUGGCCGUCUACCCAGCAGCAGCAACUUCCGCCCUGCCACAGGGGCGAGCCAACUGGCGGCCAACAAGCGAGCCAAGCUUCGGUAGCCGCCGGCUUCCAGCUGCAUACUGUCUCCAAUCAUUUGUACCACCUGGAGAGCCCUAUUGUUGUAACUGUUUCCCUAGCCCUUAAGCAUUGUACGGCGGUCUAUGC